AUGAGAAAUUAUCACUCGAUGGAAUCAAUCAAGAUCGUUGACAGUUUAAUUGAUCCCGAAAAUGCUGAACAACUCAAAAGGACCAAAUCAGAUAUUGAGACCAAAAUCACAAAAAUCCAGAAGCUCAUUAAGAAUGAAAACCAAAGCAAAACAGCUACGAACUCGAGACGUUCGAAAAAAGAGACAGAACUUAUGGGACUAACUGAGGACUUAUACAAGCAGUACCAAUCACUUUAUGCACAGUAUGAUAAUGUUAUUGGAAAAGUGGUUUCUCCCACAAGAAACAAGGCUUCAGCGUCUUCGUCUGACUCAGAAUCCGAGUACUUUUCCUCCGAGGAAGUAGAUGGUAUUAAUAAGAGAAGGUCAGAGAAAGAAAAACGUAAUUUAUCUGGCACUGUUAAGCAGGAGCGUGAUAGAGGUGAUGAUAGUAACAAGGUGAGGGAUUCUAACGAAAAUAAUGACGAUGCAAAUGAAGGUCUUAAGGAUGAAGCGUCGGGUGAGGCAACAGAGUGUGAAAGACAAUUGAAUUCACUAAUGGAAGAGAUGAAGAGCUUGAGCGACGAUAAAACAAAUCUAGAACUUCAAAUUGAUAGCCAAGCCAAUGAAGUUAAACAGCUAAGUGUAAAGAACACUGAGCUACAGAACCAUGUCACGGAACUUGAAUCGUUGUUGAAAGAGAAAGAAGGUGAGGUAUCUAACCUGGAGGUGAAACUCAAUAACAGUGAGGAACAAGCGAAGUCGAACAUUGCAAAAUUGAUGGCACAAGUCAAUGAGCUUAUACUUGAGACCAAAUCUCUGACGACUCAGAAAGAUGAGAUGGAAGAAAAAAUGAAAUGUGAUAAAAAUGAAGCAUCUAUCGAAAGAGACGAGUUGAUGGAGAGGGUUAACGAUAUGCAGCAAAAAUUAGAUUCUCUAGAGAAUCUGAACAAAGAAUUUGAAACUCAGAUGGAAGGAAAAUGCGAUAAAAAUGAAGCAUCUAGUGAAAGAGAGGUGUUCAUGGAGAAGCUUAAUGCUAUGCAGCAAAAACUAGAUUCUCUAGAGAAUCUGAACAAAGAAUUAGAAAUUCAAAGAGAGGAGUUGAUGGAGAAGUGUAACAGUAUGCAGAAAAAAUUAGAUUCUCUAGAGAAUCUGAACAAAGAAAUUGAAACUCAAAAAGAGGAGUUGAUGGAGAAGCGUAGCGGUAUGCAGCAAAAAAUAGAUUCUCUAGAGAAUCUGACCAAAGAAUUAGAAACUCAAAGAGAGGAGUUGAUGGAGAAAGUUAAUGGUAUGCGGCAAAAACUAGAUUCUGUAGAGAAUCUGAACAAAGAAUUAGAAACUCAGAUGGAAGUAAAAGGGGAAGAAAUAUCGCAGUACCUAAUUCAGAUAGAAAAUUUGAAGGAGAAUUUGGCCGAAACAAAAUCACUUAAGCAGACAAUGAUGGAAGAGAAAGAAGUUUUUCUCGCGGAGUUAAAGGACAUGGAACUCGAAUUGGAAACUCAAAGCAACCAGAAAAUUGAUGUGGAAGAACAGUUAAGAGAUACAACUUAUGAGCUUAAACACAUGAUGAAUGAGAACAAGGCCUUGCAGGACAGAAACGAUGAACUAAAAGCAGCGAUGACGCAAAGAGGGGAAGAGAUAACUAAUUUUUUGUUGGAAAAUGAUAGCGAUGAAAAUGAAGCUUCUAUGGAGAUCAUGGCCUUAAGAGCUCAAGUUAAUGAUAUGAGACUAGAGUUGGACAGUAUGUAUGAACAGAAAAGCAAGUUAGAGCUCCAAAACGAACGAAACCAGAACGAGUAUGCAGAAAGCCUAGCAAAGAUGGAAAGCGUGAACACAAAGUUGGUAGCCCAGAUAGCUGAUCAAGAGAAUACCAUUGACCGAAUAAAAGAGGAGCAAAAACAAACCAUAAUCGCGUCGAAUAAGUUCAAGUUGAAUCUGCGGACGGCAGAGAAAAAGCUGGAAGAAUUGGCAGAUAAGUUGAGGAAGAAAAUGGAAGACAAUAUCCGCUUAUUGCACCAGAGGAUCCACGUGGCUGAACAACUGAACAACGAAAACAAAAACAGCUGCAAAUUAAUGUAUAUGAGGUACGAGCAAGAGAACAAGACUCUUGCAGAGAAAGUUGCUAUUUAUGAAGAUGAACUAAAAAGGCUUAAAGAAGAAUCUAAGGAAGCAACACACUCUCCAGUGAUCGAUCAAAUGCGGAUUGAAUUUGAAACUGCUCUAAGUGGAUUAGACGUAGCAACUGCAAAACUCGAGGAACACAGAGAAUGUGUCAUGAGCAAUGUGUCUAAAAUGCUGCAUGAGAUUCAGUUAGCUAAGGAUUGGAUAAAGAAAAUGAAAGCGGAAAUGAAACAAUUGAAAGACAAUGUGGAUUGUCUUACGGCGUUACUGAGUGAAAAAGAAGAGCAGGAAUUGCUUUUGAGAGACAAGGUAUGGCAUUUAGAAGCCACGGUGAGCAAAGAAGGAGGAGAGAAUCUGAACUUGACAAAUGCAGUGAAUCAGCUUGAAAGGAAAGUUGGGAAAUUGGAAAAGAAUCUGAAAGAGAAAGACGAGGAUUUGGACAGUCUUGGAGAGAAAAAGAGGGAAGCGAUAAGACAACUAUGUUUGGUUGUUGAGUUUCAUCGCAACCGUUGUAGCUAUCUUGUGAAUUUGGUCUCAAAUAUGAGAAAUAAGAAGAAGACAUGA